GCCAUCUCCAGGCGCUUUUCUCCGCCCCCUCCCACCUACGCUGCCUGUCCCAGAUCCCAGGCCCAACUAUGUGCUAAUUGGGCCUUUGGGGGGGCACACAAAAUGACCCCUCCCCUCCCUGUCCCCUGGCCUGCCUAUAUCAGACCCCCACCUAUGGGAUCCUCACACCUCAGGGCCUGGGUGAGGGCACAGGACGGUUCUGAUUCCCCCGGCCCUGCUCCACCAACCAGGGUCGUGCCCCCCGCCCCGGGGUCCCCCACCCCCGUCUCUCUUCCCGUGCCCCUCCCUGGCCCUGGGCCCCCUCACAGAUUUGUGGGGGUGGCUGCUUUCUGAUCAGCAUUGUGGGGAGCCGCUCCAUCACCCUGGCCAUGCACCCUGGGGCUCCCGCAGGCCCUGGAAUCUCCGAGUCAGGCCCCCGGGAGCUGUGCGCCUUUGUGAGCGGGGCGGCUGCCCACGUGCUGCGUGCCUUACACCCACGGCGGGCCAGGCCCCCCAAAAGGAGGCCCAACCACAGGCGGUUCCUACACAACCAGAUCUGCAGGCAGUUUGCCAAGAUCGAAGCUGCCACCCAGCGCCUGGCCAUGUCCAUCCUGUCCCAGGAGGCGCCUCCCCAGAGACCGCCGCCCCAGAGGCCGCCCCCACCACCUGCGUCCCCCUUCCUGGGCGUGGCCUGUGCCGUGGCGCCCACCGAGGCACCCCAUGCUGGCCCCAGCCUGAGUCUCGCUGCCCUGGAUGCCUCCACCCUCGACCUCUUUGAGGACAUCGCGCUCCCCCCGCCGUGUCCUUCAGCGCCAUCUGACCUGUCCCUCUGUGUGCUGGGCCAGCCGGCCCUGAGGCAGGACACACGGCUCUACGACCCCCUGCUCCCUCCCCCCCGUUCCCUGGGGGGAGGGGAGCAGCUCUUGGCUUCUGAGGGUCGCUGGGGGGGCAGGUGGGAGGUGUCUUGUGCCUGCCCUUCUCAGGGGACCCCCGAAGGCUGGGGGACCUGCUUCCCGUGACACCCAAUCACAACCCAGCCCAGGCUCCCAGACAGACCAAAGCCCCUGCCAUGACAGCUCCUCAGCUGCCUGCCGGGCAGUCCCCUGUCCCAUCCACGCCCCUCCUGGCAACCUCUGGCCACAGGAAUCCCCCCAGACUCCCUCCUCGGCCUCAAGGGUCUUCUCCCAAGUCCAGGGCCCCCAGUUCGGCCUCCGGAGUGCUCUCUCCCUCCUCACCUUCUUCCUUCUUUCUGCCCAGCCCCACCUCCUUGGUGACUGUCCCUCCGGCUCCCUCUCACCCUGGUUCAGCUCUUUCUAACGUCUGGUCUUCUCUUGUUUAUUCCCAAAGAUUUGUGGAGUGCCUACUGCAUUCCAGGCCCAGAUCUGGGUGUGGAGGACU